CAAAUAACAACAAGUGCUGAAACAGAACGGUUUAGCUUUCGGUUCUGCUGAAUUGAGACCAAGUGUCAAGUCAUGACACUUUAGCUGUCAGUGGGUUAUUAUUCAAGGAUUUUUGUCGAUGGAUAACAAAGAGGCAACACGCACCUGCGGCCAGUGCCACAAGGAGGUCGCAGAGGCCAACUUUGCUCUACAUGAAACACACUGCAGCCGCUUCUUAUGUCUCUGCCCUGACUGUGAUGAACCAGUUCCCAGAGAGCAACUGAACCAACAUAGAGAGGAAGAGCACACCCAGGUAAGAUGCUCCAAGUGUAACCAGAAGAUGGAACGUUGUCACCUAUUGGAUCAUGAGUCUGAUGAGUGCGUGGAGCGUCUGCAGAGCUGUCAGUUCUGCGAGCUGGAGCUGCCGUGGAAGGAGCUGGGCAAACAUUGUCUGGUCUGUGGGAGUCGCACUGAACUCUGCAGGGACUGCGGCCGCUACGUCACCCUGAAGGACCAGCCCAAGCACAGCUUGACCUGCUCAGCUACUGACAAUGGCACAGGUCCUCCUCAAACUACCAGCAAACUGCCACCAAACAAGACUAAUAUAGCAGUGACUUGUAGGACCUGUAUGGCAUCAUUUCCAGCUGAGGAUAUAGAGGAACAUGAGCUGGAGUGUGUUCCAGCAACCAGGUGGGACGAUGAAGAGGCAGAGAGUGAGGAUGAUUUCUUCAGGCAGGGGGCCACUCCUUGGCUAAGCAGGACCUAUAAGUCAACAAUUCCGUCAGACGGACCCAGCAGAGGUCCCUGGGGUGACGGAGGUGACCCAGACCAGAUCAGCACCUGCCCCCACUGUCAUCUGACCCUGCCCCUCAUCACACUACGUUGGCAUACGGCGAAGUGCCGAAUCCACGUUCACUUGAAAUAAAGAGAGAGCUCCUCGGAAUGGAUGAGCUGCUUCAGAGAUCUUAGAUCAAUGUUUCAUUAGGGAUAAAAGACAAGUACUUGUGCUGUUAAAAUGUACUUUCAUUAUUUCAUAUUAUUUCCUAAUGUUUAAAUUAAGGUUUACAUUUUGAUUUUAGUUUUAGUGACCUUUAGUUUGUCAGUUUGCAUGCCUUUGUGCUUGCGUGAAGAGGAAGUGGUUCAGAAUAUAAUACUCUGUAUCUAAGUAAACUUGACAUGCUUGAUAUAUUUGUGAUGUUCCUUUUGCUAAAUACAAACUAAACUAAGGGUCAACUUGUAUUUUAACCUAAUAGAAAAUAAUAUCAAGCUAUAGCUAUGACACAAAACUGCUUAUUAAAAAUGUAUUUAACCAGGUAGGCUGUUGAGAACAAGGUCUCAUUUGCUUUUCUUGACCUGGCCAUGAAAAGCAUAAGCGUGCAGGACAACAUACAGUUUCACAUUCAAUACAAUACAGGAAUACAGAAUACAAAAGGCUACAUAAAGUGCAGAUUAACUAGGCGUUACAAAACCGGUGCAAAGUGAGAUGUAAGUAAUAAAAUAAGUAAUGCUCCGAGAAGUCCAUAUCAUUACUCUCGCAAGUACAUGGAAAGAACACCAAUGGGAAAAUAACAGAUAUUUACAGAUAUGUUGGUCACGGAACUAGACUUUAGUUUAUUUUAUAAUGUUUUGAAGGUUUCUACAAAAUAAUCCCAAAACUGCAAUAUUGGGAGUAAUCCCUGAAGGUUGUAGACAUUUAUUAUUUGCUGUAUAUAUUUUGUUGGCUACAGUGAGGAAAUGUGAAACUGCACACGUAGAGGACGCAACAUAGAAAUAAAAUUCCAGUUCUAUUUCUAUGGCUACAACCUCACCCCAAAACACACAUUACAGCAAAAAACACUAAAGUAUCAUACCUUGUUUUGAUGUGUUCCAUCUCUCGCUUGAGGUCAAAUGUAAUUUAACAAAUAGUGACUAUGGCGACAGAUAACAUGUUAUGGGUGGAUACAGCCCAUUUUUCUGGAGUUGCCGUCGAUUACUAUCUACAUUUCACUGUUUUGAUGACAUUAAACUUUCGAAUUAUACACCUAAUGACAAUGAUAAGAUAAGUAAAUGUUAUGAUCGAGAAUAGAAUAGUAAUAAACAACACAAAGAAUUAAGUAAGUUAUUUAUUUUCAUUUGCAAAGCUAUACAUUUGUUGGCAUUGUCUUACAGUACAUUACAUUACUAUUUCAGAAAAUAGGUCACUUUUUAGUAAAAAAAAAAACCCAAACUAACAUAAAUUGGUUAAUAUAAUUGAUUCCAGCAAGCCAG